CUGCACCACAUCCAGUCUUACGGGCAAGAUUAGGACACCCCGGAAAUUGGCUUCCAGACAAUAUCCCGGCUGCAAGGGAGAACACCACCCUACGUAACCCGGUGACAGGUGUGUGCUGCAGUACACACUUGCUUGUUCCUCCUCUCUGUUCCCACUUCCUCCCCGCCCUAAAAGACCUGCCAUGGCCUCCUGGUGAGCUGCGCUCAUCCACUGCUCGCUGCCUUUCCAGCUACUCUGACGCAUGGAUCCCCUGGGCCCAGCCAAGCCACAAUGGCCGUGGCGCCACUGUCUGGCCGUGCUACUGUUUCAGUUGCUGGUGGCUGUGUGUUUCUUCUCCUACCUGCGUGUGUCCCGAGACGAUGCCACUGGGUUCCCUAGGCCAGGGUACAUGGCAGUGGCACCUGUCACUGGGGCUCCCAAUGGGUCCUCCAGACAGGACACCACUCCCACCCGCCCCACCCUCCUGAUCCUGCUGUGGACGUGGCCUUUCCACAUCCCCAUGGCUCUGUCCCGCUGUUCAGAGAUGGUGCCUGGCACGGCCGACUGCCAAAUCACUGCCGACCGCAAGGUGUACCCAAAGGCAGAUGCGGUCAUUGUGCACCACUGGGAUAUCAUGUACGAUCCUAAGUCAUAUCUCCCACCUUCCCCGAGGCCACAGGGGCAGCGCUGGAUCUGGUUCAACUUAGAGCCACCUUCUAACUGCCGGCACCUGCAAGCCCUGGACGGAUACUUCAAUCUCACCAUGUCCUACCGCAGCGACUCCGACAUCUUCACGCCCUACGGCUGGCUGGAGCCACGGUCCGGCCAGCCUGCCCACCCACCGCUCAACCUCUCGGCCAAGACCGAAUUGGUGGCCUGGGCGGUGUCCAACUGGAAACCGGACUUGGCCAGGGUGCGCUACUACCAGAGCCUGCAGGCCCAUCUCAAGGUGGAUGUGUAUGGGAAAUCCCACAAGCCCCUGCCCAAGGGGACCAUGAUGGAAACACUGUCCCGGUACAAGUUCUACCUGGCCUUCGAGAACUCCUUGAACCCCGACUACAUCACCGAGAAGCUGUGGAGGAACGCCCUGGAGGCCUGGGCCGUGCCCGUGGUGCUGGGGCCCAGCAGAAGCAACUAUGAGAGGUUCCUGCCGCCCGACGCCUUCAUCCACGUGGACGACUUCCAGAGCCCCGAGGACCUGGCCCGAUACCUGCAGGAGCUGGACAAGGACCACGCCCGCUACCUGAGCUACUUCCGCUGGCGGGAGACGCUGCGGCCUCGCUCCUUCAGCUGGGCACUGGAUUUCUGCAAGGCCUGCUGGAAACUGCAGGAGGAAUCCAGGUACCAGACGGUGCGCAGCAUAGCGGCUUGGUUCACCUGAGAGGCCAGUGUGGGGCCUCGGUUCCCGGGAACCUCAUCUGCCUGGGUCUUCACCUGCUGGAGUCCUUCAUGGCCAGCCCUCUCACUUCCCUGGGAACUCACAUGCUGGACUUCACGGCUGUCAGGAGCCUCCCCUGCAGAAGCCUUGCCUGCUGGGGACCUCGGCCGCUGGAGGCUGCACCUACUGAGGAUCUCGGCUGUUGGGAACUUUACCUGCUGGGACCUGCUCCCAGAUACCCUGCCACACUGAAUCUCACCUGCUAGGAGCUUCACCUGCUGGGGACCUCAUGCUGGAGGGCACUGGGCCCUGGGGAACUGGCACCCUUGGGGCCCCACCCAGAGUGAUGGUUCUGGCCGAUUUGUGAUGUUGUUAGCUGCCUGUGAGGGGUGCAGAGAUAAUAUCCCAGCACCAUUUCCAGUUGUAAUACUGCAAGGAAAAAUGAUUACGUGUCUCCUCACUCUAGAGUUGUCCCUGUCCGGCCUCUGAGCCCAAGCUAAGCCAUCAUAUCCCCAGGGACCUGCACGUAUCCAUCCAGAUGGCCUGAAGUAACUGAAAAUCCACAAAAGAAGUGAAAAUAGCCUUAACUGAUGACAUUCCACCAUUGUGAUUUUUUGCUGCCCCACCCUAACUCAUCCCUGUACUUUGUCAUCUACCCCACCCUUAAUUAAGAAGGUUCUUUGUAAAUCCACCUACCCUUAAGAAUGUACUUUGUGAGAUUUCACCACCUGCCCCCAAAACAUUGCUCGUAACUCCACCGCCUACCCCCAAACCUGUAAGAAGCAAUGAUAAUCCACCGCGCUUUGCCGACUCCUUUUUCCAGACUCAGGCCGCCUGCACCCAGGUGAAAUAAACUGCCACGUUGCUCACACAAAGCCUGUUUGGUGGUCUCUUCACACGGACACGUGAGACAUUUGGUGC